UGAUGGUGGAGCGGGGAUGUGCGCAUCUCACUCAGACUAACGGCGGCGGCGGCCCCUCUGCGAUGUCUCCCCGGCCACCCUCUCUCCAUCUCCCGUGAAACCUCCCAGACCUGCUCUUUAUGUGUCAGUUUCGCCAGUUCGUCGGGAGCCGUCUGCGUGUAGAAUGCUUCCAGGAGCGCGUCCUCCUCCUCCUCCUCCUCCUCCUCUUCCUCCCGAUGCUGCGCGGUGCUCUCUGUGUCUCUUCCUCACGGUUUCCCUGCUCUGCGUCGCCGCUGCCGGUGUUUACGGAGAGGAUUCGCAGAGGGGCAUCCUCCAUCACAUCCAGAACUAUGAAAUUACUUUCCCCACAUGGCUGCAUCCUGUCAGGCAAAAGAGAUCUUCCACCACAGAUCACCCAGCAGAGCUUCAGGCUGUGAUCUCCGCUGAAGGGCAGGAGCUCCGACUACACCUGGAGAAAAACCGGCAGCUGUUGGCCCCUGGAUAUCAGGAAAUAUGGUACACCCGUGAUGGAGCACGCAAGUCCUCCUCUCCUGCCAAUGCUGGACAUUGUCUCUAUCAUGGCAAAGUUCUGGGCUGGGAAGAUUCCAGCGUCGCCGUCAGCACAUGUUCAGGACUCAGGGGAUUGAUUUCCUUGAACAUGAGCACCAGUUACCUGAUAGAACCACUCCCUAACUCAACGGAUGCUCAGCAACACGCUGUCUUCAGAGCCGAGAGCCUCCGUCUGCCCAGGGGAAGCUGUCUGCAUCACCAUGGUGACAGUGAGCAUGACAGCAGGCUGGCCGACUUUAUCCGCGGACCGAUGUCAGCACGGGGCAGGAGGGAAAAAAGGGAACUUGGUCAGAACAUGAAGUACGUAGAGCUGCUGCUUGUGGCAGACAAGGCGGAGUUCGAGAGGCAUGGGAGUGAUCUUGACAAAACUAAAUUGAAACUGCUCGAAGCGGCCAACCUGGUUGACAAGUAUUACAAGGCUCUGAGUAUUCGAGUGGCCUUGAUUGGUCUGGAGGUCUGGAACAACCAGGACAGGAUCAAUGUGUCCGAUAACCCACAUAGCACUCUGGCAGCCUUUCUGUCCUGGAGAAGCAAACAGCUAAACCAUCUGGCAAAUGACAAUGCUCAGCUUAUAACGGGGAAGGCAUUCCAGGGCACCACCAUUGGGCUUGCACCUCUCAAAGCCAUGUGCUCCGAAUACCAGUCUGGCGGAGUUAAUGCGGACCACUCAGACUUGCCAUUUGGUGUUGCUGCCACCAUGGCCCACGAGAUGGGCCAUAACUUCGGCAUGAGUCACGACACGCCAGGCUGCUGCCGGGCGAGUGCGGAAGAUGGAGGCUGCAUCAUGGCAGCAGCCACUGGGGAUCCAUUUCCACGUUUGUUUAACGAUUGCAACCUGAAGGAGCUAAGGAGCUAUCUGAACUCUGGGGGAGGGAAGUGUCUCUUCAACUUACCCAACACCAAGGCCAUGUACGGAGGCCAGCGCUGUGGCAAUGGUUACCUGGAGGAUGGAGAGGAAUGUGACUGCGGGGAGGAGGAGGAAUGCACCAGUCCAUGCUGCAAUGCCAACAACUGCACGCUGAAAGCCGGAGCCGAGUGUGCACACGGCGUCUGCUGUCACAACUGCAAGCUGAAGAGCCCAGGUGUGCUGUGCCGGGCACCCUCGGGGCCGUGUGAUCUGCCUGAGCACUGUGACGGAAAGGCAGAGUCCUGCCCGGCUAACUUUUAUUUAGUGGAUGGCACACCGUGUGCAAACGGGCAAGCUUACUGCUACACUGGCAUGUGUCUGACAUUAGAGCAGCAGUGUCGGUCGCUGUGGGGACGAGAUGGGCGUCCCGCCCCCGAUGUGUGUUUUAAGAGAGUAAAUGAAGCCGGGGACAUGUACGGCAACUGUGGCAAAGAUGUUCAUGGGAAAUACAGGACGUGUGUGGAAAGGGACUCCAAAUGUGGCAAAAUCCAGUGUUCAACGUCAGCCACCAAGCCCAUUGAGAGCAACGCUGUUCGCAUAGAAACCACAGUCCGAGUGGGCAGCAAGAGAAUUCAGUGUUUGGGAACACACGUUUACAAGCUGGGCCAGGGGGACGAGGAGUCCCAGGGUGACACUCUGGACCCAGGCCUGGUCAUGACGGGGACCAAGUGUGGCGCUGACUCAAUUUGCUUCAAUGGAGAGUGCCGCAAUGCAUCUUUUCUGCGAGCAGACGAGUGCAAUGCCAAGUGCCAAGGACACGGACUUUGCAACAACAACCACCACUGCCACUGCGACCCCGGCUGGGCUCCUCCUCUGUGUGACCAGAGGGGCUCAGGGGGGAGUAUAGAUAGUGGACCUGUCCCCGGCCAAAACAGCCUUCUUCCAGCCCUGCUUGGUCUUGCCUCGGCACUCUUUGCGGUUUUGGCUGGCCUUGGACUUUGGUGGUUCUACAGACAGAAACUCCGCUCCCUUAAAGCCUCAGCUCCACCAUCAGUGCCAAAAUGUUCAGCCACGGUGGAGGGCAAGCCUCCGCAUGCAAGUGGUCCAGUCAACGGUCAUUCCAACCCAGCUUUCUUGCUAAAAAAGCAGGACCCGGCUUCUUCUCGGCCGAGCCCAUCUUGCCCAAAUCGUUCCAGACACUCUAUCGUCCGGCCAACGGUGAAACCCCCACCCAUACCUGCGUAUGCUGCUGAGCAGAGGGAGCAGACCUCGCAGCCUCAGGUCCGGCCGGUGGCCUCUCCUCCGAGACAAAUCUCUCCUCAGGGUUACACCCCGCCUCCCUUUAAUUCUGCUCAAGACACUGGCCAGAGGCCACACCAAGCACCUACGCCUGCAAUACCAGGGCCUCCAUCCUCACCCUCCGAGGAUUCUAAAAGCCAGACAAAGCCUUCAGCAAUAAAUAAACAUCGUCCAGACCCUCCAACCAGACCUCCACCGCCGUGUCCUCUUACCAAACCUUUAAUGGGGCAGACUCAUGUCAAAGGCCUGCAGUCGCCCACAAAUGCAGUCCAGAAAGGAAAAACUGCUUUGGCUCCAUCUGCUGGACGGAAGUGGCCAAACAGAUCCUAAACUAGGUGCUCAGGAAGGCAUUGAACACCACUUACAUCCAGUAAAGGACUGCCAUAAGUUGUCUUUUUUUUUUAAAAGAAAGGGUGCAGCAGCACUGUGGGAUUGAUACUUGACACUGACUUUACACUGAUGGAAAAUAAUACGAUUAUGGCGCCAUCAGAACAGAUCGUAGCACGUCAGUUGUGGAUCUAAAAAUCAGGUCUUUUUUUGUUUUUGUAAAUACUCCCUACAUGUGUCUGCCUUAUCCACUUGAAACAGCUGGAGCUGUGAAUUUGAUCAUGUUUUUUAAAAUGAUUUUGUUGUCCUGGAUGUGGAUGGAAAUGUGAAGUUUUCCUGCAGUAUUUAUUGAUAAAGCAAAGAAAAUGAAUGUUUACAGCGCAGCCUUUGUACCAAACUUUCUGCCUAUUAAAGCGCAAUCAGCUGAAUAAGGUUGUCUUGUAUUGAGAAAAGGUUCGAAUAAUGGCAUUGUUACACACUUUUUUUGUGUUAUGUGAAGUAUGUAUUCACUGAACAGCCGACAUGCAAGCUUUAAGUAUGGGUUUAUGAUGGGAGAAACAUUACCGAUAUGUAGCAAGACAUGUAAGGGAUUUUUUUAGUUGAAAUGAUUUCUUUUCAUACUUUUUUACUGUUUUGGUGUUUCAUUUCUGUGUUAUGUGCUAAUUGCUUGAAAGCAUGACAGGUGGUUGCUAAAUUGUUAAUAUCUUUCAGAAAUGAUCAACAUGCAGUAACCCACAGCAGCUGAGUGUCAAGGUAUUUUAAUCUGACCAUUUGCAAACAUGUUGACUUUCAUUUCCUAGUUCAGUCACUGACAAUCAAUCAUCAAAUUGUUUUGAUCAUUAUAUGUUAAGAGCAAAACUGAGCCAUACUUCUGGUUACAUCUCCCAUUUCUAGAACUGCACCAUCACUUUUAACAAUGCAUUGUGAUUGUACAAAAAAACCCUACUAACACUGUCCAGUAGCAGUUACUCGCUUGACCAAAACGCUUCAAAACUACUGCUUUGUCUGAAAAGGUCCUAUUGUGCAACCGCAGGCUGGAUCACACUGAUGUAUUUUCUGUCAGUUUUUCAUGAUAUUGUGGUCUAUUUGACUACUUAGACAAAUGUAAUCUGGGAUAUGAAAACACAGCCUGCCAACUGCCAUGUUCUACCUUAUCAUAUGACCUAUGCAAACACAGGGAAUGCGCAACCCUGCGCCUAAAACUGGAAAUCAAAUAAACCUGUGGACAAAUAAAAUUUGAUGUUCAACUUCUUAGCUGUCUUGUUUUGUGCAUGUCAUGUAUUUUGCACUUCUUUAUUCAAGAGAUUUGGACUGACAGUUUUGUUUCUGUUUUAUAUUACUUACUCAUGGUUUAGGUACCAGCAUCAUUCCC